UUCGAGUCUUUGGCAUCCUAACAGGGUCACUCCUGGAAGCUAUAUCUCUGUAAGACAGGAGUCUUAGGCUCGUUUUUUUCUUUUCUCUGCAGCCAGUUUGUGUGUCCUGAAGGAUGUCCUCCGACAAUCCCGAGUAUUCCCCAUUCUUCGCAGUGAUGGGCGCCUCAGCAGCGAUGGUCUUCAGCGCACUUGGGGCCGCGUAUGGCACGGCCAAGAGCGGCACAGGCAUUGCUGCCAUGUCGGUGAUGAGGCCGGAGCUGAUCAUGAAGUCCAUCAUCCCUGUGGUCAUGGCGGGUAUCAUCGCCAUCUACGGUUUGGUGGUGGCCGUACUGAUCGCCAACAACAUUUCAGCAACUGUCCCUCUCUACAAGAGUUUUCUUCAUCUGGGUGCUGGACUGAGUGUGGGUCUGAGUGGCCUUGCUGCCGGCUUUGCCAUCGGGAUCGUAGGAGAUGCAGGAGUUCGAGGCACAGCCCAGCAGCCUCGUCUGUUCGUUGGCAUGAUCCUUAUCCUGAUCUUUGCUGAGGUGCUGGGGCUCUAUGGGCUUAUUGUUGCCCUUAUCCUCUCCACCAAGUAAACAGCGUUAAUAAUAAUAAUUAUAAUUAUACUGACACAAACACCCACCCACUACAAACACACACACAAAUACCAACUCUAACAUCCACUUAAUGAAACCCAUUGAGUAACUAUACCACAUGAACAGAAGAGAGGGGAGUGUGUUUGUGUGUAUGUAAGUAUGUGUGUAAGUAUGUAGGUGUGUGCGCGUGCGUGUUUGUGCUUGGUGGGCAAUUAAAUGUAUGAGAGAGCUCUCCUCUCUGUGUGUAUUAUAGUAGCCUGAUGUGCGUCUACUUGUAAAUGCACUGUGUAGCUUGUGAUCUUGUCUUGUUGGUGUUUAGAUAGCUGCCCUUACCGCUACACUUGUUUGUUUGUGUUUUUAUUUCGUCUCUUUUUCUCCUCGUUUGAAGAACAAAUCAUCCAGGGUUUUUUUUCCCCACCCCUGUUUUGGGACCAUUUUGCUGAUUAAUGCUGAUAUUGAGGACUUAACUGUAAAAAAAAAAAA